UUUGAUAAAGAAAAAUAAAGAGGAAAAACUCUCUAAAAUCCCUAGCGGCAGCCAAUGCCCUCCCUCCUCCGCUCCUCCAUCGCCACUCGCUCCUACGUUCUCUUCCUUCGCGUCUCCUCCCACUCCUUCUCCUCCUCCUCCUCCUCUUCCUCUCCUUCGCCACCCCUCGACCACGAGACCGUCCUCGAGACCCUCUCCAGCUACGCCAACGACUGGCCCCGCGCCCUCGACUUCUUCCACUGGGCCGGCGGCGGCGGCGGCUUCUCCCACACCCCCGCCACCCUCGCCCGCGCCGUCGACAUCCUCGGCAAGCACUUCGAGUUCUCCCACGCCUGGUCCCUCCUCUCCUCCCACCAUCCGAACCCCUCCUCCUCCUCUUCCUCCUCUCCCGACGCCCUCCGCCCCGCCUUCCGCGCCCUCUUCAACCGCCUCGCCGCGGCCCGCCUCAUCCCCGACGCCCUCGCUGCCCUCCGCCGCGCCGCCGACGACUUCGGCCUCCGCGACCGCGCCACCUUCCACCUCCUCAUCGACGCCCUCUGCGACCACCGCCUCGUCCCCGAGGCCGAGGACCUCUGCCUCCGCUCCUCCGCUCCCUUCCCCCCCGACACCAAGACCUACAACCUCCUCCUCCGCGGCUGGCUCAAGAUGGGGUGGUGGGGCAAGUGCCGCGAGUUCUGGGACGACAUGGACCGGAAAGGCAUCGCGAAGGACCUCCAUUCCUACUCCAUCUACAUGGAUAUCCUCUCCAAGUCCGGCAAGCCGUGGAAGGCCGUCAAAUUGUACAAGGAGAUGAAGAAAAAAGGCAUCUUUUUGGACGUCGUAGCUUACAAUACUGUAAUUCAGGCGAUCGGGCUCUCGAAUGGGGUUGAUUUCUCGAUUCGUUUGUACAGGGAGAUGCUCGAUUUAGGGUGCCAGCCAAAUGUCGCAACAUUUAACACGAUCAUCAAGCUGUUGUGCAGAGAAGGGAGGUUCAGGGAGUCGUAUGCAUUUGUUGAUCAGAUGAGGAAGAAGGGCUGCGAGCCCAAUGUCAUCACUUACCACUGUUUCUUUCAGAAUUUGAAUAGGCCACAGGAGAUCCUCGGGCUGUUUGAUAAAAUGGUGAAGAGCGGGUGCCGGCCAAGGAUGGAGACAUAUGUGAUGCUGAUGAAGAAGUUCGGGAGGUGGGGGUUUCUCAGGCCAGUAUUUGUUGUUUGGAAGGCAAUGGAGGAGCAUGGGCAUAGUCCGGAUGCGUUUGCUUACAAUGCAUUGAUUGAUGCAUUGCUGCAAAAGGGAAUGAUUGAGAUGGCUCGGAAGUAUGAUGAGGAGAUGCUGGCGAAGGGGCUCGCGCCGAAGCCAAGGAAGGAGCUGGGGACUAAGGGACCCGGCAUGGAGUCUGAUGGUGAUAAUGCAUUGAGUGGUGUGUUUUGAGGAUGUGGGCAUGGUCUGUCAGACAUUCUGUGAAGGAAGGAAGAACUGCUGUGCAGUUUCAAAGAUCAAAGAGAUUGUCACUGCUAAUGUCUUGCAUUGUUCUUUAUUAUAUGGCAUCAAGGCUAUGAGCAAGAUGCCUUCUUUCGUUCUAAAUGAGGUCCUUUUGCCUGAUUGGAUUUUGCUUUUUCAAAGCAUCAAAGAAUUGUAUUGAGAAGACCCUCGUGAAGAAGGUUGGAAGGGUUAUGACACCCGAGAAUGAUGUUGAUAACAGCUGAUACAUUAUCCAAAGCAGAAUAACAAACUCAAAUAUAGAUAUGAGCACCUAGAGCCAGAUUAUUGCUCCUUUUGCCAUUUGGCAUGAUGGAACUUAUGGGACUGAGGAUCUGAACUACUUCCUUGUACAGAAAGAUCACCUAAAGAUUUUCAUCACGGUCUUCUGACUUGGCCUGCUUGCUUACCUGAAACAAGCAGAAUGUCUAUGAUUUUCCCUUUUUUUGCUGCAAAUGCCUAAGAUAUUCCUGAUAUAUGUUUUUGUCCUGUAGAAAGGUCAUGCGUUGCCACCUACAUACGUGAGCCAGUGACUGUUUUUUUUUUAAUUAAACUAUGUAUCACACCUUGCAUUUCAUUUGUUUUAUCCUUAAAAUUUAUGUAUGACAGUUUUGACAUGGUUCAUAAUUACUAUUCUGCAUCCAGAUAAUGUACCGAUAGUUACUCUUUUCUCAUGA